AUGCUUCUCCAACUAUAUAACUAUAUAAAUGAUUUUGUAGUUACAAUCUUUAUUUUUAUUUUAUCAUUUUUAUUUUUAAUUACUUCACCAUUGUUUGCAAUAAUCAAUUUAAUUAGAGUUAAAACAUUCAAAGAUCACAAAAACAUUAUUAUUACAGGUGCAUGUGGUGGAUUAGGCUCACAAUUGGCAUUGUACUAUUCAAAACCUGGAAGAAAUAUAUCAUUGUUUGGUAUUAAUAAUGACAAAUUAAUUAAUAUAAAAAACAAAUGUAUAGAGAAAGGAGCAAAUGUUGAAAUUAAUAUUGUUGAUAUUACAGAUAGAGAUUUAUUGAAAGAGAAGUUAGUAGACUUUGAUAAUAGAAAUCCUAUUGAUUUAUUAUUUGCAAAUGCUGGGGUUAUAGAAUGUCAAUUACCAAAUGAUUUAGACUUUGAAGAAAAAAUUCAAAAGGUUAUUCAAGUUAAUGUAAAUGGAUUAUUAAAUACAGUUUUACCUUUAGUACCAAGAUUUGAAAAACGUAAAAGUGGUCAAAUUGUAAUUGUUUCAUCAUUAUCAUGUUAUGUAGACUGGUUUUAUACAGGAUACAGCUCAUCAAAAUCAUUUUGUAUUUCAUUUGGAUUAAAUCUACGUAAAAAACUAUCAAAAUUUGGUGUUGGUGUUACUGUUGUUACCCCUGGAUAUAUGCAAACACCAAUGUUAAACAGUAUUGGCAAAAUCCAAGAAUUUGUAUCGGUUGAAAGGGCAUGUGAAGCUAUAAAUAAUGGUAUUCAAAUGAACCAUUCUCAAAUUUUCUUCCCAUUGGACUCUUUCAUUAUUACCUUUAUGACAAAUUUAGUUAGUCCAAACUUUAGAGAACCGGUAUCAAAUAUUAUAGAGUUUCUAAAAAAUAGAUCAAAUAAAAAGAAAAUGGAUUAA